GCUGGAUGUCCUGGCUUGACAGACUGAAAACUGGAAAAUACAGAGGGGGCACUGGUUCAGGAAGAUGCCCUCUUGCUACAGGAAUGCGCUGAACAUUGUGGUCACCACCCUUUUUGCUGCGGUGGUCCUCUUCACCAUUCUGUUGGCCUAUGUUACAGGCUACCAGUUUAUCCACACUGAGCAGCACCACCUGUCCUUUGGCCUAUAUGGUGCCUUCCUCUCCCUCCACCUCUUUCUCCAGAGCCUCUUUGCAUUCUUGGAGCAUCGGCGGAUGAGGAGUCCUGCCCGACCGCAACACCUCCGUCGUUCCGUGGCCCUCUGCAUCGCAGCUUAUCAAGAGGACCCAGACUACCUAAGGAAGUGCCUGCACAGCAUCUGCCGAAUCUCUUUUCCAGGCUUGAAGGUGGUGCUGGUUGUGGAUGGAAAUAGACCCGAGGACCGCUACAUGAUGGACAUUUUCCAUGAAGUGAUGGGAGGAGCGGACCAGGCUGGCAGCAUGGUGUGGAAGGGGAACUUUCACAGGGACGGUAGUGGAGGUGAGGGGAAAAGCACAGCGCACAUGGAAGAGAUGGCACAGGUGUCAAGGAUGGUCAGAGGUUACCGCUAUUCUUGCAUUAUGCAGGAGUGGGGAGGUAAAAGGGAGGUGAUGUACACUGCCUUCAAAGCGCUGGGGGACAGUGUGGAUUACGUGCAGGUGUGUGAUUCAGACACAGUUUUAGACCCAGCAUGUACCAUAGAAAUGCUCAAGAUCCUGGAGGAAGAUCCAAUGGUGGGAGGGGUUGGUGGAGACGUGCAGAUACUCAACAAGUACGACUCAUGGAUCUCCUUCUUAAGCAGUGUGCGCUACUGGAUGGCCUUCAACAUUGAGCGUGCGUGCCAGUCCUACUUUGGCUGUGUCCAGUGUAUCAGUGGCCCUCUCGGGAUGUACAGGAACUCCUUGCUACAGCACUUCUUGGAGCCAUGGUACCACCAGACCUUUUUAGGCUCCAAGUGCAGCUUCGGAGAUGACCGCCACCUCACCAAUCGGGUGCUUAGUUUUGGGUACAAGACAAAAUUCACAGCUCGAUCACAGUGUCAGACUGAGACACCAACCCAGUAUCUGCGUUGGCUCAACCAGCAGACUCGAUGGAGCAAGUCUUACUUUCGUGAAUGGCUCUACAAUGCCUUGUGGUUCCAUAAACACAGCCUCUGGAUGACUUAUGAAUCCAUGGUCACUGGCUUCUUCCCUUUCUUCUUGGUUGCUACAGUCAUCCAUCUCUUCUAUCGUGGACGGCUGUGGAAUAUCCUGCUCUUCUUAUUGACAGUCCAGUUGGUUGGGAUGGUGAAGGCGACCUACGCCUGUUUUUUGCGUGGCAGUCUGGUCAUGAUCUUCAUGUCACUUUACUCACUUCUCUACAUGUCCAGCCUUCUUCCUGCCAAAAUAUUUGCCUUGCUUACCAUAAACAAGGCUGGAUGGGGCACAUCAGGCCGCAGGAAGAUUGUGGUCAACUUCAUUGGAGCUGUGCCAGUUACGGUUUGGGCUAUGGUGCUGCUUGGAGGUGUGGCAUAUACAGUUUACUGUGAAACACAGGAGCCAUUCAGUGAGACUGAGAAAGCCUUAUUGAUAGCAGGGACGAUACUCUACGCCUGCUACUGGCUUAUUCUUGUGGUACUGUACUUGGCAAUUGUAGCCAAACGGUGUAAUAAGAGGGAAGAACAGUAUCAUCUGCCAUAUGAACAGGCCUAAACUGGAAAUAUUGCUUGUCUGAGUUUCACUGCAGUAUGAUACGAGCAAGGUCUCUACUCACCUUGCUGGAAAUAUAAACAUUGAACAAGCAACACACAUCUUCAUCGCUGGUGCUACAAAACUGUGAUUCUUAAAUUUGAGAAGCAUGACUCUAGUGGUGGGGACUUACAGAUCCAUACAGUUCUUCCAUUUAUCCCAUGUUUUAUGGUGCUUCACAGUGAAAACCUUAACCAAGCAGAAUAGUUCAUAAUGUUAUAAAAUAUCCAUAUACUUGCUACGAAGAACAUCAGGUAAUUGAUGGGUACAGGUUACUUUUUUUGUAAUGAAAAGUGUCAUACAGUGUUUUACAUUUACAAAAAUACAUGUGAAACUUUUAUAUUUAAGAUGUUUACUUAGAUUAGUCAGAGCACCUGAUUUGGAAAAGAGAAGGGAGGCUCAGUAGGUGUAGAGUCCAGACAGAGACAAAGCAAAUUUAAAAAAGAAAUAUGAACAUGCCAACAAAUUCCACUGAAGAUGUGUUUAACAUGGAAGAGAGGAAGAGACGAAUUUGUCCUGGCCAGUCAGCAUGAAUU